CGUUACACGUCAUGCAACGCGCGCAUAUGCGACGGACACCACCCACACAUCAUCGGACAGCCCGAGCACCGAGCAGUCGCGCACCGAGCAGCCAAGAUAUCGUAAAGCAACAAUGCGCGUCGAAUACCACCCGCGGAGGAUCAAGGAUAACUACUCGCUCUACAUUCGCCCAUGGGACGAGAUUGAGAGCAUGCCCGCUUUCUUCGCUAUGCUCCGCGGCAUCGAGAAGCGGUUCGGGCGCGUGCGGGAAUUUCGCACAGGACGGGAUUACGAUAUCCCUUCGAAAUACACCGGCUACUUCAUUGCGGACCUCGAGGACUCGGAGGCGUACCAGCGCGUCCCGGAGAAGGGCACCAGCGUGAAGGUCGAGGUCCCCGUGUCAAAGCGCGACCGCCCUGGGGGAAUCGGACUCGACGAUCUACAGGAAUUGCUCCAAGCCCAAGAAUGGGACGCCCAAGCGACUGGCGACGGUAUCUACUCGACACCUAUACGCCCCGUCUCCGGGCCCGAAGGCGAGACUCCGCGGGAGACCAGGGUCGUGGAGCUGAUCGUCCAGCGCUCAACUGCUCCCCAAACCGAGGUUAGACACCGACGGCGCAUGAAGGAAACCGGCGAGUUCGGCCUCGCGUUCCACCGCUGGGCCGGGUUUUACAAGCCUGAAGAGGGUCUCCCUAUACAGCGGGAGAUGGAGCGCGCGCUGACCAAGUGGGAGCCUUUCGUCGCGGAGCGGGCGAGCCAGGCUCAAGCCCGGGCCUCCGCAAGGGUAGCCGAAGUGCAGGUCGACGACGAGCCCGAAAGCGACUUCCUCUCGAUGCGCCCGCCUGCGGGAUAUGAGCCCCAGGCUGAGGACUUGGAAGAGCCCUCGAAAGCACUAGACGCGUCUGCGUCCGCGACAGAGAGCUCUCCUCUGGCCGCUUCCACUAGCGCACCCGCUGCUGAAACCGACUCUCUCGCACCUCCGCCCGCUCCGGAAACACAACAGCCCGUGCGCCUCUCGCAACGCGAGAAGAUUCUGCAGCGCGCACGCUUGCACGCGAAAACGCCGCUGCCCGAGCCGAUCACCGAGGAGGCCAAGGCGCAGAAGGAGGCGGAGGAGCGCGCGCGCAAGGCGGAAGAGCAGCAAACCACGAGCUCACUCCGCGAGAAGCUCGUGAAGCUCAUGGGCGGGAACUGGUCAUGAGUCGCCUGCUAGGGUGCGGACCUCGAGGGCGAGCAGGGGUCGGAGGCGUGAAGUACGAUAAUUGUGAUCUAAUAGCGCGUUGGAUAUAAACGUGCGUUUAUUGCCCUCUCGUUCGUAUCGUCGUGUGCCUACCAGCGUG